UAUAAAAACAACAACAACCAAUAAAUAAAAAAAUAAAUAAAAACAACAAAUGAGCUCUUAUUUUGUAAACUCAUUCUGCGGUCGUUAUCCUAAUGGCCCGGACUACCAGUUACAUAAUUAUGGAGAUCAUAGCUCGGUGAACGAGCAAUACCGGGAUUCCGCGACCAUGCAUUCCAGCAGGUACGGCUACGGUUACAAUGGGAUGGAUCUUAGCACUGGGCGCUCAAACUCGAAUCACUUUGGCUCUGGUGAAAGUGCUCCCAGCUAUGCAUCUAGUGCAACAACAUCUGCAGAAACCAGGUACAACCAACCUGCAACAGCAUCCCACUUGCCUCCACCUGAUCCACUACCUUGCGGUAUCGUUGCCAGCUCACCUGUCAGCGAGCCCCGCCGCGCCGUAGAAAACCCCAUAGCUAGCCCCACUACCUCUUCCUCCACUUCCAACAGCAGCAGCAGCAACACUCACUUAUGCAGAGAUGGGGUUGGCAAGUCGUCUGGUACUGAAAAUGACACUCCAGCAAGCAGCGGCCAGACAAGUUCACAGAACUGCCAGAAUGCAUCGGAAUCAUCACAACCCCAGAUAUACCCAUGGAUGAGAAAGCUACACACGAGUCACGACUUCAUGGCGGGACCAGAAGGGAAACGAGCUCGGACCGCCUAUACGAGAUACCAGAGUCUGGAACUCGAGAAAGAAUUCCACUUCAAUCGAUACCUGACGCGGAGACGGAGGAUCGAAAUCGCACAUGCUCUAUGCCUCUCUGAGAGACAAAUUAAAAUCUGGUUCCAAAAUAGGAGAAUGAAGUGGAAAAAAGAUAACAAGCUGAAAAGCAUGAGCAUGGCAGCUGCAGUCUAUCGCCCUUAAUUUCAGAGCACUUCACAGAGUACUGGCGAUGGAAGAUGGACUAUUAGCGUGAAGUCAGCACUACAGAGACUUCCCAAACUCUUCAUUGAGAAUACAAGAACUAAUAAUAACACCACCUUGCUCUAUUAAAGUCUUUUAAACGUGUGACCUUUGUAUGAUCAUAUUUAUAAAUCUCUGGCUUGAAUCUGUACAGUCUUAACACAACAGUAGAUGUUUUAACUUGUUUACUGUAACGCAGAAAGAAAGCGUGUGUUACUUGAAGUUACCGUACAAUCCGCUUAGAACAAUUGUUAUGUGUUGUUGGUACGUGUUUGUGUUGUAUGCUUAAAGCUCCAAGCUGUAAGAAAAAAAAACAACAACUUUGGUUUCAAACUACCUGUUUUCUUUGUAAUCGAUGCUAUCGUUAUUUUAAAUAUUGCAAUACUACCUAUCUUGUAAUGGUGUAAAUGUAGUGCGUUGUGAACACGUUAAGGAACUACGAGUCCAAAACAGUGUGUUCUUGCUGGGCCUUUGUAUGAUUCUUUGCAUGGACUCAUAAGUUGCUCUUAAAAGCGCAUCUUCAGUAAUGUUUUUUUUUUUUUUGUGAAAAAGAGUGCUCAGUAUAAUAGUCUAAGUUUGGCUGUCUGAACAUAUGGUAAUAAGUUUUUGUAUUUGUUUUUAAGACUGAUUGGAAAUUAAAAUAAUAAUAAAAUAAACGAUAAUAAACUUUCUAUAAUAACUUGUACGCAGGCCUAUUCGGAUGUUUUUGUGUAGCUGUAUUGGAUUAUUAUUUUUCUGUUUAAAAAAGGAAAGACAGUAACUGUUUGAAUUUCGUUUAGUUUAUGAAAUAUCGCUAUGACCUUCUCAUUCCAGCUAAAUGCCUUCCCACCUCUCUAGUACUAUCGUCUUUCAGCUAAAAACUGGAUUUUAAAAUCAAACUUUAAGCUCUUCAAAAACUUUCUUCAGGCGGUCAUAGUAGACCUAUAAUAUACUUUCAUAAUUGUAUAAUAGUUAACAGGUAUAAGGCACAUC